AUGGGCGACGUGAUGGCACCUGAAUGGAACUUGGAAGACGAAGUCACAUUGCUAGCCGCGCAGGCCCUCAAACGCCAUCCUCCAACACCUUUACCUGUCUUCCCCGACGAUGGUGACCCUCCUUCCGAACAACGACAAGCUAACCAAGACAAGGACGACGAAGCCUUGGACCUAGACGGUGACGAGGACGACCUGGAACCCCCAUCAUACAUCCCCUACCUGGUAUCCUCCGCCACAGAGUGUCUAGCUUACAUCCUCGACAUCAUGGCCACACAUACCCCCGCCCGCGCUCCAAGCUUACAAAACCGUGUCGAGCCCAUCCAUUGGCAGUCGAUCCUCAACGCCCUAGCCGCGCGCGGAAACACGCGAUUCAUGGACGCACAGAUAAUGCAAAAUGUCAGUUCGCGUUUACAAGCUGUUUAUGGGGAACCGGAUAAACCUGAUCAUGAGUCAUCUACGGUAUUACUGAUGUUUACGUGUGUCGUUCGGCAAGGCGUGCACAGGAUUCAAAUCAUCGCAGCCGCGAAGAAGAAACUGUCAGACUUGAUGACAGCAGCUGAAGCUAGCAUCUUCGAAGUACCUCCUGUCCUUUCGGAAAAACGCCGCCACCGAGAAAUCGGGUCGAGGGUCCCACCGAAAGGUAGACGUAGAGGUUCGGAUGAGGAGUUCAAUAAAAAGAACUGGACUUGGAAGAAGCGCAAAGGAAAGGCGCCAGAACUUCCGCAUGACGAAGAAGAAGAUGAUGAGUGGAUAGACCUUGACCGUGGGGGAGCAACAUCACCACCGAGACGGAGCAAAAGAAAGAGGGACACUGUCAAUUAUGUGCCCCAGGAGCUCGAUGAUUCCCUGCACGAAAAGGGCGGGCCCAGGGUGCCUGAAGGAGCCAUGCCACUUCCCACACGAAAAAGAAGAACAAGGAAAAAGGCCAAUCCCGUCGGUGAGGUUCCCAUGGAGCUUGAUGAUGCCCCGCACAUAGAGGGCGAGGGGGAAGUGACGAUAUCUUUAACACCACCAGCCAAACGGAAGAGAAAAAAAAAGUCGGUGGUCAAAACUGCAGUCGACAUCCCCAUGGAGCUCGACGAUCCCCCGCACGAAGAGGACGCAGAGAUGGAGGCUGAGAGUGUCCAUGCUGUGCCUGGGUCGCCAGCAUCACCCGUAGGGAGGAAAAAAGCGAGGAAAAAGGUCGAUCCCGUCGUUGACGUCCCAUCAGAGCCUGACGAUCCCCAGCAAGAAUUUGAAGAGGGAGGUGAUGGGGAAACCGAAGUCGAGAGCAGGGUCAACGACGCCGCCACCACCGCCCAGGCGGAGUACAAGGGCAAGGGGGACAGUUAA